AUGGCGCCCGCUCCGACUGAGAUUGUCUUCUCCCUUGCCCAGGGCACCAACAAUACCACCACUAGCCAAGCACAUUCUUUCAGUUAUCAAAAUGGUCCCGUCAAGGUUCCUGGGCCGUGGAAACGAGGACGCCCACGGAUUGCCGAGAAGAAGGUUGCAGAGCCAUCAUUCCAAUUUAUCGAGACCUCCAAGGAGAAAAGACAGAUAGAUGCUGCGUCUCGUUCCAAGAUUCGUAGUCAUGCCAGGAAGAAAAGAGCAGAUCCUGAAACCUCCCAACUGCCGCCUAGGGGCGUCUUUAAGGGAAACUUGCAACAAAUCUCGGGCGCGGAUCCCUUUGGCACAGCAUGCAUUCCUCUAGAUUCCUACAUGCUCGAUCUUCUCUCUCUCCUCUCCACCAAAUUAUGGACGUAUAUGUACUCCUUGGAGGAAGUUGGCGGUUGGAAUCCGAUUCAAAACUAUUGGCUCCCCAUAGCCUUUCACGAUGCCGCGCUCAUGCACUCUUUCCUUGCAUGUACUGACUCGUAUGUGAAGGGAUAUGCAGCUGGCGAAGUAGGGGCGUUUGGGUUGCACCAUCUUCAACAAGUCAUAUGUAUCGUAAACAAACGCCUCACCAAAGCCGAGACUUCGAUAUCUAGAGGAACCAUCGCAGUUAUUUCUGGAAUCUCGUUGCUCGAGCAGGGCCCUGGGCGCCACCGCCACUGGAGGACACAUAUGAAGGGUUUGAAGGCUUUGGUGGAACUUUCUGGUGGUUUGGACUCAUUUGCGUCGGAACCAUUGAUUAUGCAAAAGAUAUACCGGGCGGACCUGUAUGGCUCCAUGGAUGCUGGAGAGCUCCCAUUUUUCAGCGGACCAGUUGGAGUUAUUGAUAAUAUUAUGGAGAAUCGCAACAACCGAGACGACACACAGACUCUCUAUCCCCUUCCAUCAACCGGUGAUGACCGUCCUCUCGCCACCCUAAAAGGGGGGCUACAGAGCGAAAAGCUCGAGCUGAUAUGCGACACAUUUGACCCCGAUCUGUCUUUGACCCCUUGUAUCCGAGGGCUAGACGAAAUAUCGCACUUUUGGAUAACGAGGAAGUCAACUUCUCCUCAGACCGAUUCUGGCAGUGCUAGCACAGGCGGAGAUGACCCAUCACGUCACGAAAUAGCACAAAUCAGACGCCUACUGACUGGUAUACAAUAUAAACUUGUUUUGGCCGCCGAGAGUCAGCAUGAAAUGGACUGGUGCCCUUUCCAGAAAGCAAUUUAUGAGCUUCUGAGGCUAACUCUCAUCAUCUACGCACUGACGAUACUGAAAGAACGCCCGCAAACGACAUCCAUUGGAAAGACGGUUUCUAGCUCCUUUCUUCGAGCGUUCAUCACUGCUGUUGAAGUGGCAAAGCACGUUCAAGUUUCCCAAUCAGACCUGUCGGAGGCUAAUGAGACCCGGAAGAGAAUCGACACAUGCCCAUUUUCUCCGUUGCAGGCUCUUGUCCCGAUCGACUUUUUCCUGUGGUCGAUUUUCCUCGCGGUUUCGCUUCUACCAACAGGAAGUGAAUUUCGGGAAGGGAAAGAAGUGAAGACGGCACUUCUGAAAGUAUUCUCCAGUCUGGUCGGUAUCCAAACUCAGCAACGAGAUGAGAUAAAGUCCCAGAUCUCUCAAUAUUUAUGGAUCUCAUAUGUUCACAAUGAUAUGUUUGAUUCCUUUUGGUCUGACCUUGGAGAUUUGGAACCGAGUACAACCUAG